AUGGCCCUCGCGUUUUUUCAUGUGAACAACUUCAAGCCGUGGGCGCCGCGGCGUCCGCGGCACCCCAAGCCAUUCUCACUGCGCAAAUGCCCCAAUUCUCGCGCUCUAGAGCCCAGAAGCCGCCCUGCCCCUCCCCCUCCCCCUCCCCCAGCCCCACGUUGUGAUGCCUCUGCCAGCGCUCUGCUAUCCCACAAGCAUGGCCUUCCUCUGAAGCCGCCGGCCGAAGUCUGCGUGCCCAUCAGCUGCGAUGUUCAGCCGUGUUCGCCGUUGAGCUCCCCCUCUCAAUCAAGGAAGAUGUCUAUACCAUCACCCAGUUCGAAGAAUCCCCGGCAUGGCGUAUCAUCUCUCCAUGAACCUGCACAUCACACCUCAAAUUCACAUCCCACUUCAUCCCGUGAUGUCCGAGGUAAUAUCUCUGACACGCCGAUCGAGCUGCCUCCCCUUGGGAGAGGCGCCACACGGGCUGAUCCGUCGUCGCCCAGUGUAACCAGCUCAGAUGGUAGCUUGGAAGAUUUCUUCGGGCUCCCGGAUCUCCAGAACAACAUCCCCAUUGACCCAGCGAUUCUUGCCGACGACGCGUCCUGGGGCACUAGUGACCUUCGCCGGCCUGUCCAGCAAGGUGAUGAUCUCGCAAGCCCAAAGGCCACUUAUCCAUAUCCUGAACCUCCCCUGUCUAUGUCCUGUGACACCCCCAACCAUCACCAAGGAUCCAGAGAGAGGCCUGACAGCUGGAAUAGAAAUUCUCAAACGGAUGAUGACACUCACGUUCUGGAUCAUCGGCAGAUUCACCCCGCCCGUUGCAGCACCGACGUUGAUGUGCCUUGCUCCUACAGCACGAGCGACGACUUCCUCAGCGACGCACAGGCCAGGAGACGCAAACGAGGGCCACAGCAGCCAGAAGAACCGGCCGCAAAGCGGCUUCACGUUGCCUCUGUAUCGUCUAUGGAAGGUCCCUCCACAGCCCUUCGUUCCCAUUUCCUGUCGCUGCAGCUCGACGAGCGUCUGCAGUUCCUUUCUUGGCUGUUUGAAGGUGCCUUGGCGAGUUGCAUGCCCGACUCAGCGCCGGCAAUGUGGGGAGACGGGAGUGUGCGGUCAGCCGGUCGCUCCGCUCCUCACAAGGUCGGAGAAACUCAGCGUGAGCGCGGCGAGGGGAGAAAGGGUCACAGAGACAAGCUGUGGCGAUGGCUCCCCGAGGAGGACGCACGGCUCCUGAGCAUGGUGGAGGAGCGCCGACCCUGGCCGGAGGUGGAGAGGUGUUUUCCAGCAAGGACGGAAUCGGCGCUGCGCCAGCGGGUAUCUACGCUUCGGAAACAAGAGAGGGGAAUGCGUACAGCCGAACCCGCUGGUGUCAUAGUAGCAUCUGUAGCCCCGGAGGGUGAGACGUAA